GCACAAUGUCUGAAAUUCAGCACAUCUCGACUCCCAAGGCAGCUCAGCCCGUUGCGCCAUACUCCCAAGCCAUCAAAGCCGGGGGCCUUGUCUUCGUCUCUGGCCAAAUCCCAGCCGCGCCAGAUGGAAGCCUGGUUGAGGGCAGCAUUGCCGACAAGACAACAGUGUGCUGCGAAGGUCUCAAGAACAUCCUCGAGGCGGCGGGAUCUUCGAUUUCAAAGGUUACUAAGGUCACUGUGUUCAUUACGUCCAUGGAGAACUUUGCUGAGAUGAACUCGGUGUACGAGAAGUACUUUGGACAGCACAAGCCGGCUCGUUCAUGCGUCGCCGUCAAGGAGCUGCCAAAGGGUGUGCCUGUCGAGCUUGAGUGCAUCGCUCUAGCUUGAAAAUGAAGAAGUGAACGGUGUAGAGAAAAUGGUUUAGAAGUCUUCAAUUGCUGGAUAUGCUACAACACAGUAAAAGACUGUGGAUACAAAAGCCACAACAAGCAACCCAACCCAUGUACUGGCAUCGCUGCUAUCGUAGCGCCGUAUAUACAGAUUCCAUGCAAAUGCGAAUCACUGUCGUCUUUCAAAAAUGAAUGCUUCCAAAAAAAUGCCAUUCCCCUUUAGCAGAUAUCCGCUGCUACCCAAUGCAGAAGGCCAGAUCGCAUAUAUCGUGAAGCGAAUGAAAUGAACUUGGGGGGUAUCAUUUUGAGUCCCAGAGACCAGGCGAGAAAGUAAGAGCGAGCGUCCCGGGUAUCAUCGAAGAAAAACGCGCAAGAAAUCAGCAAAACCCCCCUCUAUAAAAAAUGCAAUGCAGCCGUUCGAACCAUGCAAUGUCGAAAGCAGAAAACACCGUCCGUGAAUUUUCGUAUCAAGAGAAGAGCCAGAACCAAAAGCAGGCUUGUUGAUCAAGCGCGAAUCGAUCGCGCGGGUUGCGGCAGUCCAUCCUCCCGACCAUAUAGUCAUGAGAGAGGCAUGAAUGCGAACUGUACAGGCCCAUCUAUGGGGCUGGAGAAUUGUGAAAUGGAAGCAGAUGUGAGUCCGGCUGUCGUUGGAUGCGUCGUCGUAGCUGUGGCUUCGAGUUCCUGCCAUUUGCGCGCGGCAUGGCGUGCAGGCCAGCGUUCUUGAAUGCCG